UGUCUAACACGCUCGCAAGAUACUCGUGGUCUUUCAAAGAUGCUGUGUACAUCUCGCGCACCUCUGGUCGGCACGAUUGAAUCGACCCGUCGGGACGAUGUUGUUCCGCGCUUUCUCCGCUGAAACUCGUCCGCCCAGAGCUCCAUCCCGACGGCCAAUCGACAAUCUUCUGCGCCGGCCUCCGUUCGUCCAACGCUCAAAGCCUGUGAUUUCGACAUCCAAGCAAUCAAUUGCGCGAUCUCAAUUCACCGCCAAUACAACUGAUUGCUCACCAUGCAAGCCAUCCAAAUCCCCGCCGACUACGGCUUCGUCCUCCUGUCCGUCGUCUCGACCUUCCUUACAGGCACCUACCUUGGCAGCCGCGUCGGCUCCUUCCGCAAAGCCGCAAAGGUCCCCUACCCCUUCGAAUACGCAUCGUGGGAGCAAGUCCAGAGCGCGCCUGCCGAGCGCAAAGCGGCGCUCCUCGCCUUCAACGCCGCGCAGCGUGGCCACCAGAACUUCGGCGAGGUACAUCUUACGACUGUGGGCUGCUUGUUGAUUUGCGGUCUGAGCCAGCCUAAGUUGACGGCUGCCCUGGGUGGCGUUUGGAGCGUCGGCAGGAUAUUGUACAGCAUUGGCUACACGAACUGGAACCAGAACGGAAAGGGGAGGUACGCGGGUGCGCCGGGGCUGUUGGUGCAGUACGGGAUCCAGAUCUGGGCGGGUGUUGUGGCUUGGGGUCUGGCUAUGAAGUAGGUGGAGAGGCAUUAUAAGAUGUGGAUCGUGGAAAUCUGUACAGCGGUUGCAAGACAAAAGCAUAGUUGUUGCUAUUACACCAUAACUCAUUCACCAAAUCGAUCAC